AUGUCGAACAUGGCGAAGCAAUACAAGGUUGUGAGGAUCACCCCCGAAGCCGAGGGCAAAGUCCGCUUGCAAGUCCGCAAUGAGGAGCUGCCAGUGCCGGGACGCGAUGAUGUGUUAGUCCGCGUUCAUGCAGCGUCCCUCAAUUACCGCGACACGGCACUGCUCAGGGGCGAAUACCCUGCCAAGAUUAAACAAAAUGUCACUCCUCUUUCUGACGGUGCCGGCGAAGUCGUGGCGGUUGGACAUGGCGUCACGCGGUUCAAAAAGGGGGACCGAGUCGCCAACACAUGCAAUGUACACUGGGUAGGCGGCCCUCACCUCCCUGAGUAUCGGGCACAGAGCGUCGGCUUCUCAGUCGACGGCAUGCUGGCCGAAUAUGCGAUGCUCCACGAGAAUGGGCUUGUUCAUCUGCCGGAUUACCUCACCUACAUUGAGGCUGCGUCACUGCCCUGCGCCGCGGUCACUGCCUGGACGGACCUGAACAACACGACGCCUUUGCAGCCAGGACAGACGGUGCUAGUCCAGGGCACUGGAGGCGUUGCGCUGUUUGCACUGCAGUUUUCUCGAGUCUUCAAUGCUCGUGUCUUUGCCAUCACGUCCUCCGAUGAAAAGGCCAAGAAGCUCAAGCAACUGGGAGCUGAAGCAGUCAUCAACUACAGCACUACUCCUGACUGGGAUGAGGAGAUUCUUCGUUUGACCGACGGCCGUGGUGUCGAUAAAGUCAUUGACAUUGCUGGAGAGAAGACCAUCGUCAAGUCAGCUGCAUGUGCAAGGAUAGGCGGCGAGGUCAAGAUUGUCGGCUUUGCGAGCGGCUUCGGCGGUGGCCUGCCCCCGAUUGAUGUCCUUAAACGUUCACUUACUAUAACCGGCUCGGUAAUUGGGCCACGACUGAACUUCGAGGCCAUGCUCCGGGCAAUGGCUGUCCAGGAGGUGCACCCGAUCAUCGACAACGUCUACCCAUUUGCCCAAUAUUUGGACGCUUAUAAGCGUCUGGAGAGCGGCCAGCAAGUCGGCAAAGUUGUGAUUGACUUCAGCACUGGAGGUUCUGGAUACACAGAAUAA